UUUAAUGUGUUACCUGGCAACAUUAGUCGUCUAAAUUUGUACAAUGGCGGCUAUGUCCCCGUCGGAGCGACGUUUGCAAAAAGAACUCAUGUCGUUAAUGAAAGAACCUCCACCGGGUGUUACUGUGGACGGAGACCAGGCCAGCCAAAAUCUGACAUUAUGGACAGUUCACAUGGAAGGAGUGCCCGGCACGUUGUAUGAGGGUGAAAAAUUCGUACUUCAGUUCAAAUUCACAAAUAAAUAUCCAUUUGAUUCUCCAGAGGUAACAUUCAUUGGUAACAACAUCCCGGUCCAUCCGCAUGUGUAUUCAAACGGCCACAUCUGCCUCUCGAUACUUACGGACGACUGGUCUCCGGCGCUCUCCGUGCAAUCCGUCUGCCUAUCUAUAGUAUCCAUGCUUAGUAGCUGUAAAGAGAAGAAACGGCCACCGGAUAAUUCUUUUUACGUGAAAACAUGCAACAAAAAUCCUAAGAAAACGAAAUGGUGGUAUCACGAUGACUCAGUUUAACACCGCAUCGCGGCUAUAUCGAGCACGGACGAUAAAUCCUAAUAAUGUGAUAAGUGUUAUAUCGAUACAGUAUGAUAACAUAUGUAUAUACGAGUGAGUGCCGCGGCUUAGACAAUGGUGCGAAAUUGAAUCAGCUGUGUGAUGUUUAUUGUGCUAGUGUGCUGCCCUCUAUCGAUUUAUUAUCUGUGUUUAUAUCAUCUGUGCAAGGUUCUGUCAUAGACAAAACGUUUAUUUCAUCGUUUCACGUUAAACACUUGUAUUGGUACGACGUUAGAAAUCUGGGAAGUUGAAGGUAAAUAUAUCUGUCCUUUUCCUUCAUCUGUUUCCUGUUUCAAUGUGUACGAGUAGGACAUGUAUAUGUUUAUUGCAAAACAAUUAGUUAUAAAAUGUCAUUCAAUAGACUGCAAGGUUUUUACCAUAGGUUCGAAAAACUAAAUGUUAGCUUUUAAAGACUUACUGUUAAGAGUCAUUCAUACCAUGUUUAAAUUAAAAAAAUACAUUAUUUAAAUAUUUGAUGUAUAAUACUGUUAGUCACUGAUAUUUCUUAUCUGUAUAUUUUCAAUUGGCCAAAACGUACAUACCUAAUAAGACUAGAGAGAGGAUACUAAGAUGAUAUUUAAGAACCCAUUCCAAUUCCGAAUUAAAUGAAAAUAUUGAAUGAGAUAAAAUUACCUUAAAGUCGGUAAAAAUGUCUCACGGUUAAAAGCGAGUCUUGUUUGAAUCUUAUCCGGUAUUAAAAUCGGUGCAACGAAUACACUACUGAGUUACCAAAGAACAAUGGGUGUAAUAAAUUAUAAAAUAAACAAGUAUUAAAUAUUCAUUCAUAGAUCAAACAAUUCAAAUGAUUCUGAAUAUAACUUUUUCUAUCGUCAACAUUUCGAGGUAUUGUAUAUUAGUGGCCAAUUUAACACAAACCAUAAACAAUCCUAAAACAUUUACACACUGGACUUUUUUUUAUAUUAUCACUCAAAAUCAAAUUGAUUGAUUAUAUAUUGAUUAAUCUGUAUUGUAAAAGACAAAAAUGUUAUAUAAUAUUGAGAUAAAAUAAAUUGACUAUAUAAUUUCGGUAUUAAAUAAAAACUAUUAUAAAAUAUUUAUGCUAUAUUAUAAUUAUCGAUUUCGCUAAAUAGCGGAGCCAAGCCUCGUAGUUAUAAAGUAGAUUGAUGGAAUAACAAAUUAUUGAAGCAUGUGAAUAAAUUAUUAGCCCGAAUACUAUUCUUGUUUUAUUAUUUUGAUAAUCAAAGCCCUUUUUACACUGACAUGAAAAGCGUAUUUUUUGUAAUACAUGCGUUUUGAGUGACCUGACCAUAUAGGAUUUUUUGCAUCUAUGGAAUUGUUUAUGAUCAAUUUUGUACACGUUUGGGGGUUUCAUUUAUUUGUUGGCUGUUGGAACAUUUUAAGACUUCAAGACAUUGGGGCAUGUUUUGAAAGCGAAGCUAUCCCACAAAAAUCGGGAAGUAUGGUCACGUUAGUCAUAAAUAUAUAGCAAAUAUGACGCGUAAAGAUACCAGUAUAAUAAGAGGCUAAGGUUUUGUUUCGAGAUUUAGAAUGUAAAUCCUAUGAUAAGGCAGUAUUUAUUCCUACAAUGUUGCUCGCACGCAAAUAACAUUUGAAAAUAUAAAAUGAAAUCUGGUCUAUUCAUGUCUGAAGUUUAUUUUUAGGCGGCAAAUUAAGUUAUUACUCUGUACAUUGUCAAAACUUAUUUUAAAUUUGAAUACAAUGUACCUAGUUUUUAUCAUUGUUUCCAUAAAUUGAUUAUAAUUUUAUUUUUGUAUUCUAGAUUUUUCCUAACGGUUUUUUUUUUUUAAUUUUAAAUGUACUGCAAUAAUUAUUAUUUAUUAUAAACUAAUAAUUGUAAAGACAUGUUCACACUGAUGUUCUAAAAUAGAUAAAAUUAAAUUGAAAAGAAUGUUUUAUUGAAUAAUUAAAUUUUUCAUGCAAUAAAUUAAAAAAAAAAAUUAUUCACGUAACAUAAGCGUAAGCAUGUCUGAUGUAAUCCAGAAAUGCGAUAUCAUUAAAUUUAAAUUAAUUUAUUUCAUUAUUUCUUUUCUGAACCAAAUCUUAUCCUUCUUGAACAGUUGUAAUAACAUGUAUUAUAUUAUCUAUAAUAUAAAAUGCUAUAUUUUUAAAAUGUAUAACAAAAAUUGUCAAUGCCUGUUCUGAGAUAAUUUUUUAAAUAAUUUUAAUGUCUGUAGUUAUUCAAUUUCGUAUUAAAUUUCAUAUGUAUGUGAUAUAAUAAUAAACACUGCAAUAAUCUGGGAAGGUGUGUCAAUUAAUCAAUAAAUGUAAUAAUGCUUACGAAAAUUAUAUGAAAUGCAAAUAUA